UUGUCCUCCACGCUUUAUUUUUUUUCUUUUCCUUUUUCUGGUUCUUUCAUUUCUUCUCUCUUUCCUCCUUCCUAUAGCAUUCUUCCUCUUUUCCUAACACUGCUCAACCACCAGUUCUUUUCCCCUUCUUCUUUUCUUUGUCAUAACCCCAAUAUUCUCUUUUUGUUUCCCUCAUCUUCUCAAGAAAAAAACUUAACUUUGUGUGCUAAGGACAGUUAGAUUUUGACAUUGUUUAUACAUAUUUCUGGAUUUUUUGUUUGAUUAAUUGUAUGGUUUUCUGGGUCUGUGAAUAUUGGAAAAUGACUUGAAGAGUGAAAAAUAGAUAUAUAAACAAAUAUGAGAACCCUUUGUGAUGUUUGUGAAAGUGCUGCUGCUAUACUUUUUUGUGCUGCUGAUGAGGCUGCUCUUUGUCGUGCUUGUGACGAAAAGGUCCAUAUGUGCAACAAGCUUGCAAGUCGACAUGUAAGAGUUGGGCUUGCUGACCCCAGUAAAAUCCAACGUUGCGACAUAUGUGAAAAUGCACCUGCUUUCUUUUAUUGUGAGAUCGAUGGAAGUUCCCUUUGUUUGCAAUGUGAUAUGAUUGUCCAUGUUGGAGGUAAAAGAACCCAUGGAAGAUAUCUCCUUAUAAGGCAGAGAAUUGAGUUUCCAGGGGAUAAAUUGGGCCCUUCAAAUGAACUAGGAUUGCCAUCUACUGAACAAGGUGAUGUAAGGAGGGAGCCGGCACACCCCUUCAAGCUCCCUAUGAUAGAAAACCACCAAUCAAACAGGGAAACUGCUAAGGUAGGGCUAGAAAAUAAUGUGAAUAGUAGUGUGAAAAUGGAGAAUGAGUUGAUUGACCUUAAUUCCAGACCUCAAAGGAUGCACGGUCAAUCGUCAAAUAAUCAGGAACAAGGAAUGGACAUGUUUAGUGGCAGCAAUCAUGAGUCAGUCGGCGUUGUUCCUGAUGGACCCUUCAAAAGAGAGCCAGAGAAGUGAUCAUGGUGCGCUUCAAGGUGGUUGGGCUAAGAAAGAAGCUUGAGAGAAUUUGCACCUUUUCAGUUGAGAUGUAUCUUCACUGCGAUUUUCUUGAGUGCCUCACUGCUACUUGGCAUUUAAGUUAUGAGGAUCAUGUAACAAGUUUAACAAAAAAGAGGAACAAACCACUUUCAGCUUUUUCAGCAAGGAAGAAAUUGUAGAAUCAGUGAAAUCAAAGUAUCUCAUUUCUGGAGAAGCAGGAAGGGAAAGAGAGCAGUAAUGGGAGAAGGAGAAUUGCCUUACCAAUCAUUUAAGUUUUUGAUGGAUUUCGUGGUAGUGAAUUAAAUUACAUACAUAGUGUGUACAUGCGCAGUUUCAAAUUAGAUUGGAAAAAACUACUUAUCUGUUUUGGUUUUAUCAACCAAUAAUAAAAAGUUGUCGUCCAUGCACAAGGGAAGCAUUUGUCAUUUUGUUUUAGGGACCUAUAAGAAUUGAGCUAUGCCCAAAGAAACCAUAUUCUACUAAGUGCCUUACUGCAUACUCAAUUCUUCUAAGUGCCUUCGUUCAUUCUGCAUAACUCAAUAAGAACUAGAAGUAAAAACGUACAAAAUCAGUUCCUUAUUCCAUUGCUGCUCUCAUUCUACUAAGUACCAAAUCGGUUCUUUCUUUCAAGAUGGUGCACAACUGAUAACGUAAGGAUAUUAUAUAAGAUAUAGAAAUCCUUUCAAUGUUUGCAUGGAAGUGUGCGGGCACCUGGAAUUGCUAGGUUCUCUCUGUCAUUGGCCCCAUCUUCGGGAUUGGCUUCAAAAAUGUUUCUUAUAAUUUAGUAUCAAAAACCAAACCAUCCCCAACAAUUUCCUCAGAGAAAACUUUAUCACGUAUGGAAUACUAUGUAUUACUAUGAUUUUAAUUUUCUUAAAAUUUAAUAAUAACUUUCUUAAAAUUGUAAUAUUCCAUAAAUUAUGUAGAAUUGUCCUCGUUUGUCAGAUUGUUACCCAAAAAUAAAGGGUAAUCUGCCUAUAAAUGUUCUAUUCACCUUAAAAAUGUUAAUCUUGAACCCACAAAAUAAAAUUAUUUCGUGCUUCUACUACUAUCCAUGCCCCGGAAAUUGUAUACACUUUAGCUUUACCAAAUAGAAUGUUUGAUUUGGCUUCGGUUCCUAAUUUGAGUUGUUGAUGAAAUAGUUGUACGACUCGAUUGGCACCUUCCCUUGGAAUGAUUCACAUAAUGCCUCUGGUGUUGUUGGAGCUCCAUGGUUCUUUCUUUUGUCAGCUGUAGUAUAGUAAAGGGCUUCAUCUAGCUAUGCUUCAUUUUCACGACUCUUAUGGUUCUUUACACUUGAAUGAAGCACCUUUACAUAUGGUGAUUUCUUAGUGGGGGGAAAUAAGGGUUAUUCUUACAUCUUGUUGAUUCGAUAACCUUUUACUUAUAUUAAGUUUAAGUGUUCUACUAGCAGAGAUUGAGAAUGUAUUGGAAGACUUCAGUUAAAACUAGCCAAUUAUUGGGGAUGUUUGUCAUUACUUAGUUUGAUGUUUUAAAGAAUAAGAUCAGUUCUGACUGAUUAAAAAAUAAAAAUGUUCAGUUCUGUGACGUAGUUUCAUUUACUCCUUUACAACUCGUGCAGGUAUGGCAAUGGGUAGGGGUUUGAAAAAGCAUUACCCUGUCAGUCACUUGCCCUUACCCUCACUUUUUGCGGAGACUACCAAAAAUUCAGCAUCACCCUCCAUUAUCCACUUAUAUCCCUUUCCCUUCGCUCUUUUUUUAAUCGAAAUACCCUCCCUGUGUUAAUAGGAUUGGCGCAAAUAUUUUCAAGUGUAGGAUGCAAAUUCCCAUUUCUAAAACCUAUAAUCAUCUUAUGCAAAAUCUUCAACGUUUAGUAUGCGAACCAAGGAACUACAUGCGAACACCCUCUUCUCCUUCCUUCUCUCUCUCUUUCUCACCCAACGAUAGACACUAAUUAAUGCAUUUUUGUUCAUUUUUUUCCGAAUCCUGUAACUAAGUCAAUGAUUUGAAUUCUAUUCUAUACGGGGCCUUAUGAUCCUCUGAGAUUCUUGCAUAUUUCCAGCUCUUCUGUUUGUGAAGCCUGGUUCAUGAAAAAUAUUUGGCUAGUUAGGUACCAAGAAUUUAUGCUAUUAAAGUGUAAAUUUAUUAUGCUCUUCAAGGGGGAUAUUGGGCUAUGAUUAGGAAUUCAAUUCCCUUGCCUUUCAUUGGAUUUAACACUGUCGGUACCAUCAGGUGUCCUGCAUGAUCCCUCCAUUAACCUGCUUUUGAGUCAUCUAAGCUUAUUUCUUUUUUUCCAUUUUCUACCCUUUAUAUGAUGCAAACAAAUGUUUACUUUGCUUCUGAACUCCUCUUUAGUGAAAAUUGGGGCCGGAACUUGAAUAUAAACAUUUGCUUUCCCUCAACUGGAGCUUUGAAGGACAGGGCCUUUGCUCAGACCACUCCCAUUUACAGUCUGUUUGAGUGGUUACCUUUAUAUCGUAAUACUACUUACGCCGUUCUCCUUUGAAUUCUCUCUUAACCCUUCUUUUUGUUCUUCUCAUGGAUCCUGAUCUUUCACCAAGUCGCCUGUAAUAGACCUACAACCUAGCACUGCUAAAAAGCCCUUAAAAAGUGAACUGGGUUGUACUCUUUUCAUUUUCAGCUGGAUAUUGAAUAUCUACUUCAGAUAUCUAGCUUGAUAAUAAAAUUGUGGAUGUUCGUACGAA